CUCUUGCAUGGGAGUGAGUCAGGGACAGGGGAGCCCCCUGAGGAGCUGCCAGGAGCUCCUGCUGUGGAAGAGACCCAGAAGAGCCUUGCAGAACGUCCCUUCGAAGACGGCACUAGCAGAACCACCGAGAUCUCCCUGUUGGGUUAUUAGCGCCAUGAGAGAGACAGGGUGUGUGAGACAGAUGGACGGCGUGUAUGAGAGAGACAGACAGACAGCAACAGUGCACAGAGACAAUGUGUGCUAGGCACUGGGCAGCGGGCAAGGGGGUGGGCGUAAGUGCAUUGGGAACGAGCGUUUCCCCUUGGGGUGUGAGCCGAGCCCAGCAGCCCCAGAGCCCCGUCUGCUCGGCCAGAGCACAACUCCAUGCACUUAUCCCUCCCCGGAGGGGCAGGAACUCAGCGAGUUCACAUCAGAGCCGUUGCUGGUGGAGUUUCCGACACAGGAAAAAAACAAAGGAAUAGCACGUAGCGGAAAGAGCUGCCUUUGCCGUGACAGGAGCAGAGCAGGGACAUGGAGUACGAGGCCAAGAAGGGGAAGAAGGGGUUUGUGUCUCCCAUCAAACGGCUGGUUUUCCCCAAGGCGGCUCGCAGGCAGGCACUCAGGAGCAGUGUCUACCGGAGGCCUUUGCAUUCGGUCCCUCUCUACCCUCCUGAUUAUCUCAUAGAUCCCCAAAUACUGCUGCACGACUACGUGGAGAAGGAGGUGAAGUUUUUAGGCCACCUGACCUGGGUGACGUCCUCCUUGAACCCCUCCAGCCGGGAUGAGCUGCUGCAGCUCCUGGACACAGCCCGGCUGAAGGAACUGCCCCUUCAGACAACGCCGGAGCAGGACAGCAUCCUGAGCCUGUCAGCCCGCUGCCUCCUCCUCACCUGGAGAGACAAUGAGGAGCUCAUCCUGAGGAUCCCCACCCAUGAGAUCGCUGCCGCCUCCUACCUGCGGGAUGACGCCCUGCACCUCCUGGUGCUGAAAACAGGCCUAGGAGUUGACCCCGUUCCUGCAGGGGGCAACCUGGACAUGUACCCAGGGGGCAAUCUGGAGAAAAAGCUCCCUGGAGGAGCAGCUGAGAAGAGGCAGGCUGGGAUCUGCCUGGAGCCCAAGCAGCUGGGGGGUACCAUGGAGCGCCGGCACACCAUCUGCAGCCUGGACUGGAAGAUGGCCCGGGGCGGGCAGGAGGGCAGACAGGGCGGGGGAGGGAGCCUGGAGAGGAAGCAGGCCAGUGGCAGCUGGGAGAAGAGACACAGCAGCCGGGCGGGCGGGAGCUGGGAGCGGAGACAGACCUAUAGUGGCAGCUGGGAGCGGAGGCAGCUGGGCAAGGCUGGGGGCAGCUGGGAGCGGAGACAGACCUACAGUGGCAGCUGGGAGAGGGGUAAAACCUAUGGCAGCUGGGAGAGGAGGCAUACAGGGAAUAACCCACUGGAUCCCAAGGAACCCAGCCCUGAGGCAUAUUGCAACCUCAUCAUCCUGGCCGUGGCCAACAGGGAUGCCGCUGAAGAAUCCUGUGCUCUCAUCUGCCAGGUCUUCCAGAUUAUCUAUGGGGACCAGACCAUUGAGUGUGUAGACCGGGCUGGCUUCCACUACACCUCCACCCCCGAGCGCCCCUGGCUCUCCAGCAGAAGUGAGAGCUGCCGCACUGAUGGGACGUAUGGAUAUGAUGCUGAUUUCAGCUGCUGCAGCUCAUUCAAUGGCUCCCACGAGACCUUUGAAGCGUAUUACAGUGGGACGUCUUCCCCUUCCUUUCGGGAGUCACGUGACAGCCUGGCCAGUGACCAGAGCAGCGUGGGACUGGAGCAGUUGCAGGACUACAUGAUCACAGUACUCUCCUUGCUACUGCAUCAUGGGGGAGUCUUCAUUUCCCCUGGCCUCAUUCCAUCCUUCCAACCCCGAGUCCUACUGCAUCACUGCCAGGGACCUGCGGGAGGCUGGAGCUGGUCUAACCUUGCUCUCUCUUUCUCUGCUCUGCAGCUGAGGAACAAGCUUUCCCCCCAGGAGAUCCAGCAGUUUGCUUUGCUGCUCAGGGAGUACCGGAUGGGAAGGUCAGUCCCGGAAUACUGUUCUGAUCUCCUGCAGCUCUAUGGGGACAAGAGGAAGUUUCUCCUUCUGGGAAUGCGGCCCUUCAUCCCAGAUCAGGACAUCGGCUACUUCGAGAGCUUCCUGGAGAGCAUCGGCAUCCGGGAAGGGGGGAUCCUGACCGACAGCUUCGGGCGGAUAAAGCGCAGCAUGAGCAACACCUCAGCCUCCGCUGUGCGCAGCUACGACAGCUGGUCCCUCCGCUCCGAGUCGGAAUCAUUCAACCGCAUGAUCACGGACAUCACCCAUGACAUCGAGGCCCUGGCUCGCGAUGAGGAGGAGGAGGAGGAAGACAACUAUCUGUGAGGGACUCCCACCUGCUCCCCCAAAGGGUGCUCGGUGAUUCACUCUGCGGCCAGGAGAUUCCUUGAGACCCUGAAACCUCUUGGCUGAACUCAAAUGGUGCCAGCCCCACCACGUUUCAGCUGAGCUGGGGCUGGCGCUAGCCUGCAGGCUUUUUAACCCUCAUUGCUCCAGCACUGCCUCCUCCUCUCCUCAGUGGUCUUGAACUCUGCAAGGGGCCUGAUGGGGGGGAGACUGAGCUGUUGCCACUUGCUGGAUCUUGGCUUCACACACCCCUGUGAGGCUCUGUAUGCACCUUGCCACCGGUUUGAGCGGCUUGGAUUGUAGCACCACUAACGGAAGGAGGGGACUGAGACCUGCCUUACUUGAUGGUGGAUUUCUGGAGCAGCAAUUUACUGUUAAACAUUUGGGAUCAAAUUCUUCUCUCGGUGAGGCCAGUCCCCCCGUCCAGGUCUGGGGAGGCUCCACGGGGGGGAACUGCGAGCAGAACUUGUCUCCUCUCAUUAACAAUCAUCCAGCAGGAUGAGGGUAGCCGCUGCCCUCCACAUGCACUAGCGAUUCGUCAGCCUUCAUGGGAUUCCCACAUCGGCACCCAGGGGAGCAGAGACCCUGUGGGGCAGGCGCGGGCGUGUGUUCUGAGUAAUUUGGAACAGAAUUAAACUCCGGGGCUGGCGCUUGUUGUGUGUUAUUGCCCAAGGCACCAGUCAUGCUAGGCCAUCAGGGGAAUCCAGUGGGCCCCAAGCCUGGGAAGGGAAUGGCUGAGUCCCAGGCUGGGCGUGUGAGGGUGAGGAAGAGAGCCAGGGCUCCAUAGUGACAC